GUAUCAAAAUAGAACGUUCGGCUCCGCGCACCACCCGGACCAAGGAGGAUUCGAUUUGGAAUUCUCCAGGAAUAUGAUCGCGUGACUUCAGUUCGAUAGUGAGCGUGAAGAGAGCGGAAAACAACAGAGCGCCGGGGAUGUUCGGCUUGCGGUGUAUCCUCCGCGCUGGCACGAAUCAAAUUCGUCGGCGGACUUUCUGCAUCGCCGAAGAUAAUCCAUACUUCGCGAAGUAUGCUGCCAAAUUGAAAAAAUACCAGGAAGCUAACCCCGAAGAAUUCGAAGACAAGGUGACAGAUCUCAAGAAGAGCAAGAGGAAGAAACUACUCAUCAAUCCAGACGGGAGCGUAGAAGACGGAGUGACGCCGAAAGACUUGAAAAACGCCCCGCGCCUGACAAAGGAGGAGAUUCGUAUUGAGAAACCAGAGCAGCUCGAUAGCUUAUCCGUCGAUCAGUUGAGCCAGGCGUGGAAGGAGCGACAUGCGAACAAGGAUUCGAUCUGCGGGAUCGUUCCCGCGGAUUCUUUUGAGACGAUGGCCAAACGCGGGGUCGAAUUCCCUACUUUCGUCUACCCGGUACCCCGGGGCGAUGGUUACGAGAUGUUCCUCGGCCAAGUGUCCAGCGGAGGUCUUGAGGUGCAUUUCACGCCUCUAGUGGAGUUCCAGAAGCACCAGAGUGAGGCGCCGCCCUGCUUGCAAUUGAAGUUUUUCACUGACUUCAUCGACAGUAAAGCCAUUGUCUUGAUGGCCGGAGAGUACAACGGCAAGGUCAUUGGGCCGGAACACGCGCAAUGCUUAGCGAACCAGCAUCAGAUCUACUAUGGAUCCUCUGAACUCCGACGCAAGCUCAUGCUGUGGAACUUCAACAAGGAGCCGAAGUCUUUCAACCACGAAAUUCUUAUCGAGGAGUUCGAGAAGACGCUAGGCGCCGUUAAGGAAGGAGUAGUACUGAGUUAGGAAUAGGAUAAUUUUUCACAGAGAUGGUCUUCGCAGAUCGUCAUAUACCGAAGAAGAUGUUGUAAUAUAAAACGAGGACUUA